CUAAAUUCUCCAACUUUACUCUUCUAAUCAUCAAUGGCGAGUCGCAAACAGCUUGACGUUCAUAGAGGUGAUCAAAAUCCACAGAAAUGGCGUAUCUCACUAGGGGAAGACGUCUUCAAGAGCUUCCUCUCCCAGGGUUGUCCAACAGUGCACAAGGUUUUCGACGAAGGGUCAUUUUUCAGUCCACUCUUGUUCGGAAAAUUCUUUGAUCCUUCAGAUGCUUUCCCUCUAUGGGAGUUUGAGUCUGAUAUCUUGUUAUCGAAUCUUCGGAGCUCUGGUCAAAGCACUGUUGAUUGGUUUCAGAGCGAUCAAGAAUACGUACUUAAAGCAGAUCUACCAGGAAGCGGGAAUAAUGUUCAAGUCUUCGUUGAUAAAGGGAAGGUUGUUGAAAUUAGUGGGCAGUGGAGGCAGCAAAGGGAGUCCAAGAUACAGGACUGGAGAAGUGGGCAUUGGUGGGAAUAUGGGUACGUUCGGAGGCUUGAGCUGCCAGAAGAUGCCGCGGAUUGGAGGAAGAUAGAGGCGUAUGUGGAUAACGAUGUACACUUAGAGAUUAGAAUUCCCAAGGACCUUUUGGAUGGUAAUCCUCAAGGAAAUGCAAUUGUGGCUGCUAAAGAUUCUGAAGGCGGUGUAAAUUAAUUUGAUCAAAGCAAGCUGCUGAAUCGAACUGUUUUUAACCAUUUUUCAUACAAUCUAGAUCCAAUGAUGUAAC